UGCACCUGCACCCACCACCCACGCACCAUGGCACCAAAGACAGAAGAGGAGCGCAAGAACGAGGAGGCCGCGUCGCGCAGGCACGCGCGUCUUGACAACGCCGGCAUCCUGCACAUGUCGGCCAACUCGGGCGAGGUGCACGAGAAGGUGUCGAUUCUGCCCGGCUACGAGCCAAACUACUCGUCCUGCACGUUCUGCCUCUGGGAGGAGGACCACACGCUCGGCAACGCCCUGCGCUGGAUGCUGAUGAAGAACCCCGACGUCGAGUACUGCGGCUACUCGGCCCCCCACCCCUCCGAGCCCAAGAUCCACAUCCGCGUGCAGAUGUACGAUGGCCUCUCAGCCGUCGAGGCGCUCAAGAAGGCGCUUGCCGGCCUCCGCGACCUCUUCACCACCAUCGACACCAAGUACGCCCAGUCGUUGAAGGGUGGCAAGUAUGUCCGUGAGGACGACGUCGACGUGCACCAGGUCGUUGCCGACACGCUGCGGAGCCGUGGCUUUGGCGUCGAGGGCGACGAGAUGGACGAGAGCGCAUGAGUGCCCAGGGGUGAUUUAGACGUUUCAUUGUGACAUGCAUGUACAUCAUACGUAGA